AUGCCUGGAUACCUGGUGGGCUACGGCUACAAUGAAGGCCGCUUUUGUGGAUUGGAUAGUAAAUUCAACAAAUGGCGCCGUACCCUUGUGCCGAUCUCGACCAGCGAGGUUUCAGCAGAACUCCGUGUCGCCCGUGCUCAGCGAGUCAUCUCGACCCAACUUCGAUCACGACUGGUAUCGGAACGGUUGUCGUCGACCUCCAAACUUUCUACAUCAUUGUCUGGUCGCGCUCAAGUAUUUAACAAUAAUGUUAUGGCUGUUUUUUCGCUCUUAGUCAAGCCCUCGUUACAUUCCGACGUUAGAACCGACCUUCUCGACCUCGCAAGGUCCGCUAUCUCAGUAUGGGAUGUCGCUCAAGCCGACGAGCGUGAAGUCAUCGUGGAACCUGGACUCGACCCAGUAGGUCAUAAAGGAUGGCAUGAUAAUAUUCCUGAGUCCCAGACUAAUAUACUUGUCAUGUUUCCGCGUAUUAUUGCUCGGGGAUAUUCCCGAACAAGUGUCAGUCGUUCCGCCAAUAUCCCUGGACGGUGGGUAGACCCAGAGACCGAGUUACACAUUCUAGAGACUCCUAUAUACGGUGGGAAAGGACCUACAAAAUGGUCAGAAGUGGUAUUAGAAGGAGAGGAGGAGGAGGAAGAUUGGAAAGCAAAGGAGGAAGAUCAAAAAAUAAAGGAGAAGAAGAGAACACUGCAAGAGGAUUUAAAGAAGUUGGAGAACCCAUUCGUGGGAACGCGAAGGAUGUCCCAGAUGGAAUCGAACGCAGGAGCGGCGUCAAAGCCAAGUGCAGUAGGGUUGAAGGAAGGUGCUGUGACUAUCAAGAAAAACAUCGAGUACACUACCAUGGGACAGAGUAUUGCACUCAUUGACUUCAUAUUAGCUGUGGAGCAGGAGAACAUGCUAGAAGUUGCUGGACUGUCGCACCUUAUCGCCACCAUGCCGUCCGAUAAUUUGAAGUUCCCCGAUCUCGUCCACAACCACGACGGCACCCAGAACUUCGAUCCUUGGAAGAUCAAUGCAAAGGUAGAGCUUCGCCCGAAGAAAGUGUGGCAAUACACGCAGAAGCCUUUACCCCUGAAUACCAAUGCCACCCUUAAAGAGAAGCACGCUGACGCAGCAGAUAUGCUUACGCACCACAUCUUGCAAGAGGUCAAAGACAAGCUGCCCGCCGGGCGCGUUCGACGAUGCCUACGUUGUGUUCCAAGCCCUCGAAACCAUAUUUACGCCAAUCCCCGAGCAAGCGUUUUACUCAGCAUGCCAAGAGCUCUUUAG